AUGACAGCUCCUGUCGGUGCCUUCUCCCCCACGGGAGCUUUAGGCUGGGGAUCGUCUGCAGUGUCUACCCCUCAAAUUCAGGCACUGCCUGUCGUAUCGCAGGAGCAACACGUUUCGCUCAAGCCCGCCAGUCGAGUUUGGAAAAUUUCCGCGGCAUUUUCGUCGCAAGUGCUUCUCGUGGGGUAUCUGGUGCUCCCACUGGCAUUCGGGAAAGACAAGGCCGAAUCCCGUGCGGACAAGACGUCCACGAUGAUUGCGGCUUUCUUUCUUAUCGCCAUUGCAUACUCUUUGUCAAUCCUAGUUGUCUGUUUCCAGCCUCACAACCGCGACUUCCUGCUCAAUUCGUUGUUUCUACCUUGCCUGAGCUCAAAUCUGCUCGCUCUAUUGAACGUUCUGCUUAAUAUCAUGUGUCGAAAUCUGCUUCCAAUGGGCAGCCUGGAGAUUACCAGUCUGGGUCUUCCUAGUGCCUUUGCUAUUCUUUCUGCCUUUGGGGCUUUAUGUGCUUAUGCGUGGGACGUCCCCGGUGUGUUUCUUGCAGGCGAUCAUGGAAGGCCGCGCUUGACUGAGGAAGAGAUGCAGCGACAGCAAUUGCAACGACUUUUGGGUCCAGAGUCCUCAAAAAAGAGGAAGUCCAAGUCGUAUCAGAAGACCUUUCAAGUCAACGCCCCCGAGCUAGUCAAUCCGGGCAAGGGCUGGGAUACAUUUGUACCCCCUCCUCGGGAGGAGAAUUACCUCAGAUGAGAGGUUUCAGACUCUCCAAGGGUCUUUGCAUUGGUGCUUCGAACUUGGUGCUAUUGUACGAAACAGCCAGCCUUAUGGUCUUGUGCAUCCAUACCAUGCUCACUAAUGCCCUAAUCUAUAGUUUAAUCAC